ACUACUUCGGACCGGAGACAGGUUUCAGCCACGUUUCUCGAGGUUGUUGGGGGAUGCCCGGCCGGAUCCCCAGUAAGAAACCAGACUGCAUCGGAUAGCACACGCACGGUAUAUCUUUGGAUCUGCAGCUCCGCCUUUAUUAUUUUAGAACUAACAGCAGCAGCAUCUGCAAUGGCUUUCAACACAGAUUAGAUUUUAUUUAUAAAAUCUGCCACGUCCUUAUCGUCGCCGGGGGCUUCUUGAAGAAAAGUCCUUCAAAGCAGAAAAACGAUUGAUCCGCAGUUCCAGCACCUCCACCCUCGUUUGCUCGGUCCGAGUCGCCUCCUGAUGACGCCACAACCCCGCGCCCCCCCGCCCCCGGCAGUCUUGUCGGAAACUCUACCCUGCGCGACGGAAGAUUUUUAUAUUGAAAAUGGCGGCGGUUUCUGGGGUUGUUAUAUCGGGUUGUAGCCCAGCGAGAGAACUCGGGCCCGGGGCACCGACCGUUGGGCCCCCUACGAUCGGGGAUCGUCCCAGACCUGAGGAGGGGACAGAGGCAGAGAAGCAGAGCAGAGUCGGUGCCCUACUGGAGAGGCUUCAUGCCAAACACUGCGCCUCCCGGCCAUGGCAGGAGACCAGCAAGGUGGUGCGGCAGGCUAUGGAGAAGCGCAAUGUGUUGAAUGCUGGGGGACACCAGCUCCUGCUCACCUGUCUGGAGACGCUGCAGAGAGCCCUGAAAGUGUCCUCUCUGCCCGCCAUGACAGACCGCCUGGAGUCGAUCGCUCGGCAGAACGGGCUGGGUUCCCACCUGAGCCCCUCGGGGACAGAGUGCUACAUCACCUCGGACAUGUUCUACGUGGAGGUGCAGCUGGACUCGGGGGGGCAGCUGGUGGAUGUCAAGGUGGCGCAUCAUGGGGAGAACCCCGCGAGCUGCCCAGAGUUGGUCCAGCACCUCAGGGAAAGGAAUUUCGAAGAGUUUUCCAAGCACCUGAAGGGUCUGGUGAACCUGUAUAAGCUUCCUGGAGACAACAAGCUGAAGACAAAGAUGUACCUUGCCCUGCAGUCUCUUGAAAUGGACCUCACCAAGAUGAUGCACAUGUUCAGGUUAGCCACUAACGCCAACACUGUGGAGACCAUCCUGCACGGCAGCGUGGGAUUGGUGACUGCCCGGAGUGGAGGGCACCUCGUCACUUUGCAGUGCUAUGUGUCGCCCUAUGAUGUGUUUGAGGAGGAGACCGGCGCUCUGCUGAACCUUACCGACUCCAAUGUGCCGCGCAACCUGGGCGUGGGCGUGUCCGUGACGAUCGAGGGGACCUCCUCCGUGUACAAGCUGCCCAUCGCCCCUCUCAUCACCGGCACCCACCCAGUGGACAACAAGGGGACUCCCUCCUUCUCCUCCGUCACCAACUCCAACUGCGUGGACCUGCCCGCCUGCUUCUUCCUCAAGCUGCGGCGGCCCCUGCCCUUCUCCCUGUCCUUCAUCCACAGGAUGGGCAACGCCACCGGGAUCCCCCUGUUCGAGACAGCCCCACCUCUGGCGCCCCUCUAUGAGCUCAUCACCCAGAGCCAGCUACAGGAGGAGGGGGGGGGCGCCCUGCCCCCGCUCGCUCACAACAUGCGCUUCUAUGCAUCUCUGCCUGGGCAGCAGCACUGUUACUUCCUGAACCGGGACGCCCCUGUGCAGGACGGGAGGUGCCUGCAGGGGGCGCUGGUGACCAAGGUCCCGUUCCGCCACCCAGCCCAAGUCCCCGCCCUGCUGGACAUCAUCAGGCACCAGGCGGCCUACAACACGCUCAUUGGGAGCUGUGUAAAGCGCACAGUCCUCAAGGAAGACACCCCGGGGCUGCUGCAGUUUGAGGUGUGUCCCCUGACGGACUCCAGUUUCAGCGUGUCCUUCCAGCACCCUGUCAACGAGUCCCUGGUCUGCGUGGUAAUGGAGGUGCUGGACUCACGCCAGGUCUCCUGUAAGCUGUACAAAGGCCUGUCGGACGCUCUCAUCUGCACUGAUGACUUCAUCACCAAGGUGGUUCAGAGGUGCAUGUCGAUCCCGGUGACCAUGCGUGCCAUCCGGCGGAAGGCAGAGACCAUCCAAGCCGACACCCCGGCGCUAUCCCUGAUCGCGGAGACGGUGGAGGACAUGGUGAAGAAGAAUCUGCCCCCCGCGGGCAGCCCUGGGUACGGCAUGGGCACAGGAGGGGGAGGCAAUCUGAUGGGCAUCCCUGGGGUCGGAGGGGGCAACACGCCCACAGGCGGAGGGGGCAGCAGCGCUGGGGCAGCAGGGGGAGGAGGAGGAGCUGGAGCCUCCUUCCCGGGCCCCAUUAGCACCCUUUUCGGGAUGGGCCUGGCGCUCAAGGAGAGACACGAGGGCCGGGGGCCCGGGGGAGAGCCGAUGAGCCAGGCCGGGGGGGCCCAGCAGCAGCAGGCGCCGCUGCAGCAGCCGGCACAGCAGGGCCACGGGGACGAUUUCAGCAAAGUGACCCAGAACCCCAUCCUCACCAGCCUGCUGCAGAUCACGGGCAACGUGGGCUCCAGCCCCACCCAGGCGCCCCCGGCCGCGGGCCACCAGCCUCACCACACCCCGCCGCCGGCCUCCUCGCCGGCCAGCAACACCAAGAACCACCCCAUGCUGAUGAACCUGCUGAAGGACAACCCCUCCCAGGACUUCUCCAGCCUCUACAGCUCCAGCCCCCUGGAGAGGCAGAACUCCUCCGGCUCGCCGCGCACCGACAUCAUGGGCGGGGGCUCGUGCGGGGGGGGCGGCGGCGUUAGCGGCGGCAAGACCAAGAAGAAGCGCCAGCGCAACCCCGACAAGGCCGGCGGGAUGGGGGGCGCCAUGGGCCUGAAGCCACAGGGCUCCCUGCCGCUGGCACUCCAGCACCACCAGCACCACCAGUUGGAGGACGACUUCCACCGGGAGCUCUUCUCCAUGGACGUGGACGCCUCCCAGAACCCCAUCUUCGACGUCAACCUCCCCGGGGACGGACUGGACACCCCCCACAGCAUCACGCCGGCCCCCAGCCAGUGCGGCACCCCGCCCACGGGCCCGGGGGUGCCGUAUCUCUCCCAGGGGCCCCCCCAGUCUCAAUCCCAGCAGCAGCAGCAGCAGCAGCAGGUGGCGCCACCCCAGCCCCCCCCAUCGGGCCCCAGCAGGAUGGUGCGCCUCUCCAGCUCCGACAGCAUCGGCGCCGACAUCAACGAGAUCCUGUCGGACAUCCCCGAGCAGGCCGGCAAGAUGGCCGCCGGGGGGGGCGGGGGUCACGGGCCGCACCAUCACGGCCUGGGCGGGGGUGACGACGGGGGAGCCCUGGGCACCCCCAUCCGGGACUCCUCCAGCUCGGGGCAGGGGAGCGCCGUGUUCGAGGCCGACCUGUUCAGCGCCGGCAGCAACGAGAAUCCCUUCACCGACCCCGUGGACCUGAUCGCCGAUGCCGCGACGGCCGCCACGCCCAACAGUGACUCCUCCUCCAAUAACUUCUUCCCCGACACCGUGGAUUUCAACCCCGAGCUGCUGGCGGGUCCGGGCUUCCCCCAGGCCUACUUCGAGGACAGUUCCCCCAGCGCCGACGGCGACCUGGAUCUGGUGAAGGGGUUCGGGGGGGGCAGCCAGCAGCACACCCCGGCGGGUACCCCCCAGAACCCCACGCCCCACGGCCGCAGCACGCCCGACCCCUCCAUGAAGGACCCCUUCGAGAUGAGCAUGGUUUUCGGGGGCAGCGGGGGAGGAGGAAAGCCCCUCCUGGGGGGGCCCUUGCCGGCUCCGGAUCUGGCCGACUCCCACUCCGGUGGGGGGCAGAGCCCCCUGAUGAUGAUGGGGAUGGGAGGCGGGGGGGGCAGCGAUUUCAAAAGCGACGCCAAGGCGAAGCAGCAGCAGCUGAUGCGAGGGGGGGGCAAGGAGGGGAACGGGGGAGGAGGAGGGGGGGGGUCUGGAUUGGGCGGGGCGUCGGGGGGCUCCUCCGAAGGGAAGCAGGGCAAGCGCAGCCGGACCCCCUCCAGCGACGGCAAGUCCAAGGAUAAGCCACCCAAGCGCAAGAAGCUGGACCCUGAGGGUAAAUCCCCCUCUCACAGCUCGGGGGGUCGGCCCUACACCCCCCCCAGCGGGAUUGGGGGUUCGGGGGGAGGAUCCAUGGGGGCAGGCGGGGGAUCCAAGUCUCCAGGCAGCUCAGGUCGUUCCCAAACCCCCCCGGGGGGCGCCACACCCCCCAUCCCCAAGAUCACCAUCCAGAUCCCGAAGGGCACGCUGACUGGCGGGAAGACCUCCUCCCACGGGGGGUACACCUCCAGCAGCUCGGCCGGGGGGGGCGGCGGGGGGGCGGCGGGAGGCGGGGGCAGCAAGAGCCACCACUCCCACUCCUCCUCCUCUUCCUCCUCUUCGGGGAAGAUGAAGGGCAGCAAAUCGGACGGGUCUCUGGGGCAGGGGGGCGGGUCCAAGCCGGGUGGCGGCGGCGGCGGCUGCAGUGGAGGAGGUGGCGGGGGGGGCGGCGGCUCGCAAUCGAAGGGCUCAUCCCAGGGCAUGGGAGGGGGGAAGCCGGGCUCCUCGCCCAUCACCAAGCACGGGCUGGCGGGGGCCGGGGUGGUGGCAGGCGGCGGGGUAGGAGGGGGGGCCAAGAUGAAACCCCAGGGGGGGAAGCCACCGGCGUCUCUCAUCAACCCCAACAUCAAGCCCAACAUCUCCCCCUCGCACUCCCGCGGUGUGGGGGCCCCCGACAAGCUCUCCUCCCCCAUGAAGCUCCAGCAGCAGCAGGUCCCCGGCACCCCUCCCUCCUCCAAGGCCAAGUCCCCCAUGGGCUCGGGGGGCGGAGGGCUGGGCAGCGGAUCCAAGACUUCCUCCGGCAGCGGGAUGGGACCACAGAAGCAGCAGAUGGGGGGCACCUCGUCGUCGGGCUCCUCGUCGUCUUCCUCCAGUUCCUCCUCCUCCUCCAGCUCCUCCUCUUCCUCCUCCAGCUCCUCGUCCUUCUCCGCCGGCUCCCAGUCCCAGUACGGGGGUGGUGGGGGUGGGGGAGGAGGGGGAGGAGGGAACAACAACCCCAACGCCAAAGGCAAGUCUCCCAGCCGCAACAAGAAGCCCUCCCUCACUGCGGUCAUUGACAAGCUGAAGCACGGGGUGGGCACCGGCGGGCCUCCCUCCUCCAAGCAUGGGGGCGAAUACAUGAGCAAGCGGGACAAAGGGGACAAGGAGAGCAAGUCCAAGGUGUCCAUGUCCGGAGUGGGGUCAGGCGACAAGAAGGCGCUGGACUCCAAGAGUGGGGUGGUGAGCAGCACCGGGGUGGCCAAGAUCAUCAUCAGCAAGCCGGACGGGGGUUCCCCCAGCAUCAAGGCCAAGGUGACCCUGCAGAAACCGGGCGAGGGCUCGGGGGAAGCCAUGAGGUCCCAGCUCUCCGGCCCCAAGGCCUACGGCUCGCCCCUCUUCAGCGCCUCCACCCCCAAGCACGACCGCUGCUCCCCCAGCCACGGCCGCUCGCCCGGCUACACCCCCCUGAACCCCGACAGCGAGAGCGAGUCCGGCAGCAGCUCCGUGGCCGAGAAGUCCCAUCAGAACAGCCCCAGCUCGGACGACGACCAGGCGCUGCGCCCCCUGCAGCCCCCCCAUGAGUACAUGAGCUCCAUGCCCAUCAGCUCUGGGGAGAAGCACAAGAAGCACAAGAAGGAGAAGAAGAAACAGAAGGAGAGGGAGCGAGAGAGGGAGCGGGACCGAGACAAGGAGAAGAAGAAGUCCUCUUCCUCUUGCUCCACCUCUUCCUCGCACCCCUUGAAAGCAGACAGCUGGUCCCGCUCCCCCAUCGCGGCCCCAGACCCCUCGCUGUCCCUCCUGGGGUCCGACCGGCCAGCCCGGCCCAGCCCGGCCUAUUUGCGGACAGAGGAUGAUGACCUCAUGGACUCUGCCCUCACUGGCAACCUGGAUUCUUUCAAAUAGGUGGGGAGCCUGUUCCCCUGGGAGGCUGCUCUCCAGUGCGGGGGGAAAGGGAACUCAGCCAAUCUGACACGCGCUCAAAUCGAUUGUGAGCCAAACGGAAGCCCUUCUCGAGCAACAAGGGGGAGAGAGUUUGCCUGUUCUUGCAACACCACGUCGGAUGGAGUUUGGGCAGCCUGGAGCUACUUCUCUAAGGAAGCAGUGUAGUCCAAGGACCUUUCUUGACAAUUGAAGAUGGUGGCCUUUGGGGGGAAGAAAAGGUGUCUUAUCAACAGGGGGUUUGUGACUGAAAUCUUUUAAGACAGUAUACAGGGUAGGCAGUUUUUGGAAUUGUGUAACAGUGGAAAUGAAGCAGUGUCGAGGAAGAAGAUGGUGAUCUUGGCAAGUCUUUGAAAUCGAAUUCCUUCUUGUUUUCUGUUCGGAAAGUGGUUUGCAUCCAGUUGGCAGAAGUGUGUGACUGAAGUUGUUUCUUCUGCUUUGUAAUUUAGUUGUAGGACUGCUUCUUCACUGAAAAGUGAAACAUCCAACUGGUUUCAUUUACCGCUGCUUGAAAUCAGCUGCAUAAAAAAAGAUGGUGUUUUUAUUUCGAGGGCUGUUGUCAACCGUUUUAUCUGCAUUUUGAAAACACACUUAAUAUGGAUGGUUGAAUGCUAAAGUUUAAGAUCUUGGCUUUGCACCAAGCAGAUUUUACUCCUAAACAUUUUCUUUAGCUUGCUCUUUUGUUUUUUUUACCUUGUCCAAAACAAUAAGUGCAAAUAAUUUCAUGGAACCUCGUGUGGAUAAAAAGCUCUGUAUUCCCGAAUAAUGUGGCGUCUACAAAAGUCAGCUUUACCAUUUUAUUGUAUUUAAAAAAAAAUACUGUAUAUACAUAAAACCAUAAAGCUUUUACAUUUUAAUAUGUUCCAUUAAAACAUUUUAAUGAUUUUACACUUGCGCAGAAUGAUUUGGCUGAAAAUGUGCAGUUUUUAAAACACAAAGGUUAUAUUUGAUUUUAUAAAACAAAGGGAGUUGAUA